AUAUUCUUUUGUUACCCUCAUUUCAACAGCCCUCUCCAAACAAAAAGGUAGUGUCUGGGACGUUGCUCAUUUAGAAUUUUCUGUGCUAAAUAAUAAUCAUGUUCACAAAGGGGAACUGCAGAACUUGGAUUUACAUCAUGCAGGUACUAUCGACACAUUUUCGUGUAAACAAAAAUUUUUUCCCAAAUUAAUGCUUUGCUAAGCUACGUCGUGGCAACAAAUUUCGACUUGAUAUUUCGAUUUUUGAAAAAUUUCUUAUUCCUAUGUUUUUAUAGUUCCUCGUUUCUAUUUCUAUUUUUGUUAAAUGCUGUACUACCUCAAUGUUAUAGCAUCAUAUCAUUAGCACAAAAAUUGUACAUUAUGAAUACAGCAGCAAUAUUUUUUGAGUAGAUAUUUUGAUUCCUGUUUUCAUUUACCUACAUCCUUUCUUUAGGUGACGUCAUUAAGAUGUGAUAACGUAGCAUGCCAAAUUUACAAGUAAAACUUUGUUUUGAUGAAGAUAUAUUAAGAUAUAUUGGGUGAAGGCUUUUCAAAGCGAAGUUUGAAGUAAACUUUUCGGCGAUGUUAAAACAAAAGGACACUUUGCUACUAUCUGUGACAAAUAUUAAUGCAAGAGCCCACUUGUUAUCUGCAAAAAGCUCUAAGACAAGGGCUUAUCAUCCUGCAGGUUUUCACAAGGGUGACUGUAAAGGGGGGAGGGGGUGGUGGAGGAGGCAGAAACUAUUUUCCAACGUAUCUGAUUAUUUAUCAAGGGCUGUGGCCUUCUCACCCUCAGCUUCUGCAAUCCCCAUUGCAGUCUGUCUCAAGCGGGCCUCCUCUUAGGCCCUGUUCACACAAUACCUGAUUCAAAGCACUUUAUCCGUAAAAUUGGUCAAUUUGAUGAAUUGUGAUGUUGUUCUUGUAAAAAUUGUUUUUCAAUUGCAAUCUGUCUCUUGUUUUUGAGGCUGUGAUGAUAUUCAAUAGUAAUACGCAAGUACGGUAAACAGUAAAUUUUAUCGCAAAAUAUCAAACCUGUUAGUCUUAUUAUUCCUUUAUGUAAUGGCAAUGGUAAUAAACAUGCUAAAAACCAAGUACAGGACGAUUUUUGUAUGGUAUUAAGUACACGGGUUUACUAAUGCUGGGGGCCUUGGGCAAAGAAAGUAGCCCGUGUGCAGAGCGUGACCAGCAAGGAAUUGAAUUUGCAGGGGCAGGGGCGAAGCCAAAACCUUUUUUCACUGGAGAGGGGGUGAAGGGGAGUCGGGGUACGGAACUGAUUUUUGCCGACAAAAAGGGUGUGACCACUCUUUAAGGGUGUUGUCAACGGCCAUAAGAUAAAAAAUCUUAUGCUAUACGUUGAAAGUUCAACUGCUAAAUAAAUAUUAAUUUUUUACAAUUGCUACAAAAAUGUUACUAUUGUACAACAGGUUGAGAAAAUGUUGAAGGCGCAGUGUCCCCAUGUCCCCCUUUGACGACACCCCUGGGUACAAAGACCGAGAUAUAACUUUUUGUUUGGGGGGGCAGCCCAGAUAAAUCAGUGUAACAACAGCCAUUUUUUCAAAAUAAAAGUAGCAUAAGUUUUGGGGGCCAGGGACCUCCGGGCCCCCAGUGUCUCGGUCCUUGCCUGGGUAGCAUAAAUGGUAAAGCUUAUAAAUUCUUUACAAAAUAUGAAUAUGUUUGGGCCUUCUUUGCUGCACUCUAAAAAAUAUUGGAUGUUUUCGUACUAGAUGUUUUGGAUGUUUAAAAAAUAUUGGAUGUUAUCAAAACUAAAAUGUGUAAUUUGAAUUUAAAGGCUGUCGUUAUUUUCUUUCGAUACCUUCUGGCGCCAUUUCGAUCUUUGCAUCCCACAAUGCUCUUCUCUACCAUUGAGGCCUUCAGUCAACCAAUGAGUGAUGUCAUUUGCAGGUAUCCAAAAUGGCCGCGCGGUUGUUCAAAGUUUUAAAUCACAACAUCAUAAGUUGAAAACAUACCUGGAAACACAAUAUCAUAUCAUGUUUUGAAUUGAACAAAAAUAUUUUUUUAAAAUUAUGGAUACGGUCUCGAUGAUGGAUGAAGAUCCAACACUUCCAAUUGAUUUUGAUCAGAGCACAAAUAUGCUAAAUUUCCUGGAGAGAGAUAAAACAGAAGAUGCUGCAAGCCAUAGGGAGAGUCUUCUAAGCCCUGAAGGAUCACUUUCAGAAGCAGAUAACAAACACGCUGUCCAGAAAAUGGAGCCGAACACACCUGAAAGAGGCACACUCAGGGAACAUGAAGAGAUCAUUGGAAAGUUUAAAAAGGAGAACUUUGGAUUGAAGCUGAGGAUAUAUUUCUUAGAAGAAAGAUUGCAAAUGGCUUACGAGGAGGAUACGGAAGACGUUUUAAAAACGAAUAUUGAACUGAAAGUUAACAUCGAGCAGCUGAAAAAAGAAUUAGGUGAAAAGCAAAACCUUCUGAUCAAAGCUUCAAAAGCAAUAGAAACUAUCACAAUCGAAAGUGAGAAGCACAUUCAGAAGAUAAAAGACGAAUUCACAGACCAGUAUGAUCAAAUGCGCGAUGAGUUGCAGAAGGAAAUCGACCUCAAAGCUAAGAAUGCUGAAGAAACAGAAAAAAAGAUCGAAAAGUUAAAUGAAGAACUGCUGAAAGCGGAGCAAUCCAAACUGCAGCUGCAAGAGAAGCUUAAUGGUGUUGGAGUUGAUCCAAAUGUCAUUGAAGAACUGGAACUGAAAGAAAAAGAGUUUGAGGAUAAAUUUCAACAUGAAAUUCAAGAAAAGGAUGCGAAAAUAAGGGAACUAGAGAAGAUGAAGUCAAGUUUUGGUACUCCAGGCGAGAUUGAAGAGCUUCGAACUAUUGUCACCGAGAGAGACGUAAAAAUUGAGAACCUCAAAAAGGAGCUGCAAAGUAUCGCUUCACAGAGCCCUGAGAGAUCAAAUCAACACUACGAGGUUCUCUACAACAAGUUAGAGGCACAAAAUGCAGAUAACGAAAGUAAGCUGAAAGAUUUGAAUAAAGAGCUAAAGAAAAAGACAAACUUGGUCGAGGAGCUGAAAGACUAUAUCAACAAAACGGAGCGUGUCAAUAAGGAAUUGAGAAACAGCGUUCACGACAAAGAGACAGAAAAGCACCGUAGUUCAAUGUCUCUACAAGAACAUAUCAGGUGGAAAUUAAAUAACAGAUUGAGAGAUUUAUUAGCUUCAGUGAGGCUAGACUUGGCACUUUCAAAUAAAGAAAAAGAGCUUAACAGAUGCCAUUCUCAAAUCGGCAAACUUGAAGAAUUUAUCAGCAAGCUACAGAAUGAACUAGCUACCCAACAAGAGGUAAAAGAUAACGAAAGUAAAGGUGACCAAGAAAAGCUAGAAGCCAUUGCCUCUUUAAGAGCCGACCUUCAAGAGAAAGAGCUUUUGUCUAAGAAAUACAAACAAGUUCUUGACGACAAAGACAAAGAGCUUUUGUAUUUUAAUAGUGCCAAAGUAAAGGCUGAGCAAGAUCUUCAAAGCUGUAUUGCUCAGAAAAAUGCUGAGAUUCAGGCAAUUAACGAGCAUUUGAAGAACAUUGACCAGAUGAACAGGGACAAACUUUUGGCUUUAGAAGACCAGUGCCAGAAAUUACAAGAAGAGUCACAAGUACAGCUGAAUAACAAAGACAAGCUUAUCCAAAGACUGGCGAAUGCUCUAAGAAGUAAAGACAUUUUGAUAGAGGAGCUUGUCAUUCCGCAAGAUAUAUCAGAAAGUGGAUCAGAGCAGACGCCACAAGAUUCCGGUUCUCAAAUACAUGUUCUUAAAAAGCUUAGAGCGAAAAUUAAAGACAUGGAUCAUGCCUUAGAGACGAGCCUUGAUGAGAAGUUCAAGUUGCUAACGGAAAAAGACAAAGAAAUUCUCGAGCUCAAGCGGUUAUUGAGAGAGAAAGACAGGGAAAUCGAAUCGUUAAAAACAAAAGUUGCCUCAAACGAAAGAGAUAUUCAGCAUCGACAAAAUCUCAGUUUAGAAAAGGAUCAAGUAUUGCAAGAUCUCCAAAAGGGGCUUGAAUUCCAGGAAAAUUCCUUUAAGGUGUCGAGUGAAACAGCGGCCAAGGAAUUGGAAUCAUACCAGUUAAAUGCCAUGAAGCUUUCAAAAUUACUCGAUUCAAAGGAAUCUCAACUUAGAGAGCUCCAAAAGUAUCUGAUACAGAAUUCUGGCGUUGUGGGUGAAAACGGUUUACGAGAAAUAAAUGAACAAAUGGAUGCCCAAGGAGUAAUUAUGCAGGAACUGACUUCACAGAGGGAUGCUGCCGUAAGCAGAAACGAGAUUAACAAACAGAAGUUCAUUGCAGCUCUGAAUUCAAAAGAUGCGCAGAUAAGAGAUGCUUUUUCACGAAUGGGAAGGCUUAUGGAGGAGAAGAACGAUGCCAUAAAACAGCUCAAGUCCCUGGUCGAGCAAAAGAAUCACGAGUUACAGGUGGUAGAGAAGAAGUUGUCCGAAAUAAGAACAGAAAAGGACUCCUUCGCUGCUGCAAAUAAGCAAACUGCGAACGAGAAAGAUCUGUCAAUCGAGAACUUAACUAAAAGCGGACUCGAGAAGGACAGAAUUAUAAGUGAACUCCAGGAAAGACCAAAUAUUCGACCGAAUGACAUGAGCCAAUCCUUGCAUUUAGAGAUUGACUCCUUGAAAGAAAAAUUGCAAGAUGUUAAAGAGCAGCUACGCCUCAAAACAGAUGAAGCAAAUGAAUUCAAAGUCGAAAACAAACAUCUUCGCCAAACGCUGGAAAGUGGAAAAAAAUCGGAGAAUAUAGAAAUAACAAUGAAAUUUGACACCCUCAAAACUGAACUGGAAGACAAAGACAGGAGGCUCCAAGAUGCCAGGGGUGAGCUCUGGGAACUGCAAAAGGAAAUAAGUCGUGCUGCAACCCUUACUGAAAGUCUACAGCAAAAGAUUUUCAACCUUCAAGCAGAGAAUGGUGAUCAAGCAAGUCAGAUUGAGAAGCUUAAAAAAGAGUGCCAAGAAAAAGAAGAAGCAUUGAGCGAACUGAGGAAAGAUGUCAGCGGAAGCAAAGAAUUGAACGAGGCAUUGCAAAAACUGAAUCAGCAGAAAAACAGCUUGGAGAAUGCUGUCAAUGAACUCCAUGCUGAGAUGGAAGUUGUUCAGAUUUCAAAACGAUCUUUAGAAGUAAAACUAGCAGAGGCUGAUGAUGUAAUCCAAAAACUGAGAGACGAAAUAUCAAGAAAGGCCGAGUUGUAUGAUUCAAAAGCCCAAGAAUGCGAGGAUCUGAGAAGGGAAAAUCACGAUCUGAAAUCUGAGUUGGAAAGGGGAAGUAAAAUCCCGCAGCGAUAUGAAAAACCCAUUGGUGGAGGCACCGAUGAGGUAGAUUCAAAGGAGCUAAGGGGCUUGCUUAAGAUGCAAAUACAAGAACAACAAAGACUGUUUAAGGUGACGGAAGAAGAACGAGCUCAGUAUCUUAAGCUUAUAAGUGAACUUCAAAAUCAAAGUGCGUCAAAAGGAAACGCUGAAUUGGAAGACGAACUGAAGUCGGUGAGUGACCUGCGAUUGCAGUACGAAGAAAGCAUUCGUCAUAAUGAUGCUUUGCGCCAUCAGUUAGAGACCCAAAUCCAAUCCGCGUUGAAACCGUUAGCACAGCCACCGUCUUCUGAAAGCGAAAUUCAUAAUUUGAAAAGGAAGCUUGAAGAAAGUGAGAGCUGGAAUCGGUCAUUGCAAACGCGUCUUGAACAACUUCUACCUCGUGCGGCUGGAGUAGGCGCUUCUGUUGACUUUGUUGAUGGAACGGGCGCAACAGUUUCUGAAAUUGAUGGCUCUUUUCAGAAGCUUCAGCAAGAGAAGCAACAAGCCCUACAUGAGAUAGAAGAGCUAAUAUCAACACGAGAGCAGUUGGAAGGGAAGCUGGAGGAGGCACAUCUAGAGAGGAAUAACACAAAGAAAGCAUUAGAUGAUCUGAAACGCCAUUAUGAUAGAUUUGCUCAACUGCGCAGCAAAGAAAUUGAAACACUUACUAGUAACUGCGAACAGGCGAAAACGGUGAUUAGAAACAUGGAGGAGAAGGUUACUUCAUUGCAUUCACAACUACAGUCAUUGAAGGGUGGUAAGAGUGCCGAACAAGAAAACUUAAGAAAACAAGUUGAUGGCCUCAGUGCUGUUAAUGAUGUUCUUCGAAAAACACUCAACGAGAAAAGUGAAGAACUAAAGGAGGCAAACGAAAAUGUACUUAAACAGAACGAUGUUUGCAAAAAGCUGGAGAGCGUGAGGCAGUCCUUGGCUGACGAUCAGAAGCUCUUGAUGGAGCAGAUCCAAGAAAAGAACGGACAAAUUGCUAAACUCAGAAAGGAUGUUGAAAGAUUUAAAUCUGAAAUCGAAGAAAGAAAAGAAGAUUAUGGAAAGCUAGUGAAAGAGUGUGAUGUCUUGCAAAGAGAUCGACAGGUUCUUCGGGAUUUGAAUGAGCGCCUUCGCAAUAAACUUGACGAAGUUUCACAAACAUAUGAUAGCUUGAAGGGCUCAAAUGAAACCGAGAUCCGAGCACUGAAAGAUGAUUUAAAGACUGCUAAAUUUGCUCUUGAAGAACAAAUGCGCGAGAAUGAAGAGGCAACGGCUGUAACCAUCCGACUAAGAGACGAGAUUCGAAGUUUGCAGGAGUCAUCUCGUGAAGUACAGAGACUCGCGGACGAGUUGAAGAGAAGUCAGAAUGUUAACAGGGCAUUACAAAGGCAGCUAAAUGAAGAUGCACAGGAUCGUGAGAGAAAGGUAUCGGAGCCUGAAAUGAAUUUGAUGAAGCAAAAGAUCCAAGAAUUGAUAAAUUUCAAUCAAAAGCUGGAAGAGAAGUUGAGGGUCUAUGAGAGACAUGCAAAGACAUUACGAGAAGAAUCUAACCGGGAGAAAGAGGCUUUUAAUGCCGAAAAAGAGGCUCAAACAAAAGAGAUCCAGGAUUUGACAAAAGACGUCUUGGAGUUAGACAGAGCAAAUGCAGAGUUAGAACAAAGAGUUAAGGAUCUGAUUCAUAUGUCAGAGAAUUCAAAAGUGAUGGUUGACAGAUUAGAGAUGGAUAACAAAACCAAACAGGAAAUUAUUGAAAAGUUCGAAAAUGAAUUCGCAAAGCAACGAACAUUGUUUGACGUUUCGACAAGCGUAACCCCAAACAAAGGAGUGAGUAUGUACUCGCAGACGACACCAACCAAGUUGACUCGUGAAUACCAAAGUCAAACAACACCUGACAGCGCGUUAAAGGAAGCUUUGCUCAAAAGAGAUGCAUAUAUCGAUGCUCUGAAGAAGCAAAUCGAGUUUUACAAGAUAGAAAAAGGAAAAACUGAACAGGAAAAGAGAGGCAAGCUGGAGGAGGAUUCCAGCAAUAACAAUAACCUGAUAGCUUUGCAUAUUGCUGAAAUGCGUGAGCUGCGAAAAGAACUGGAACAGAGCAUUCGCAACAAUGAUGCUUUGCGAAGCCACUUGGAGCAUCGUCUUUCGGAAGCUGAAAAAGAGGCUGAGCAGAUGAAAGACCCUCACGCCAGGGUUUCAUUACUGCGGGAGAAUGAUAGGCUGCGUGCAAAGAUUGCGGGUCAUGAAAUCGAGAUAGAUGAGAUGAAAACGAAGCUGCUGCGGGAAGACCAAAGAUCUUCAGGGCUGUUUCUAGAAAAAGACAACCAAAUACAGCAAUUGAGGAUAAAACUUGAACAAAGAAAUUUGGAAUUCGAACGAAUGCAGACAUUUGCUCCAAAAGAAACAAGCUCCACUGUUGCAUCCCCAAUACAGUCUAUUGCUCAUUUCACCCAGACAACUCCGAUUAAGGCCAUAAGUUUAUCUAGCAAAGAAAUUCAAGUAGAUACAAUCGCCUUAAGAGCUGCAAUUGAGAAGAAACAGCUUGAGGAAAAGUUAACUGCUUUGAUAGAUGAGUUAAAUAGUAAAGAGGUUGUUAUUAAAGACUUGGAAAAAAAGAAUGAGAAGUUUAGGGAGGCAUUUGAAAGUGAAAUUAAACUGAAAUCGGAGAUAAACAACAUGAAACUUUUGUUGGAAAGCAAAGAGUCUGUGAUAAGUGGUUUGGAGUUAAAAAUCAAAGACCUCGAGGUCAAUUUGACAGCGCAAAUGAACGAAUCUUUCCUUGAUGCAGAGAAAAAAGCCACUAAUGACGAGUUAAUAGCUCUGCAUAUUUCUGAAAUGAGGAAGCUUAAAAGUGAAUUGGAAUUAAGUAUAAAAAAUAACAAUGAAUUGAAAUCGCAGUUAGAACAUCGACUGAAUAUGAUCGAGCAGGAUGCGAAGAAAUUAAAAGAUCCUCAAUUACGAUUGAGUUUGGUUAGAGAUAAUGAUCUUCUUCGCACACAAAGUAUUGAGAGACAAAAUGCUGUUUUAAAGCAUCAAACGACAAUUGACCGCCUCGUUGCAGAAAGAAAAAGUGAUAAGGAAAGCAUCAAGAAAUUGCACCAGCAAGUUCACAAUUUGAAUAAAGUAACGGCAAACCUAAAAGAAGAAGUUACUUUGUAUGAUCGCUUACAAGAGCAGCUUACGGCAUCUGCUGCCAGAAAACAAGCCAAAAGUCAUUCACCUGAUAGCGGAAUUGAAGUAAAACAAAGUCCAAAUAAACAUAGGCAUACAUCAAGAUGGAUUUCAAUGCCUUGAACAAUUAAAAAUUAUAAAAUAUUUUUUACCAUUAGAAUAAAAUAGUUGAAAUCAAAUAUUUUAUAAAUUGUUAAAUUAAACCAUAAUGCUUAAAACAUUAAAACAAUAUAACUGUUUUCAGAUAUAAAUUGUUGUCUAUAAAUAGCUAUUAUAAAUUUAUUCUUACUGCUAUUAAUUCGAAGUGUAAAUAGUGAUAUAAUUAUAUUUAUAUUUGUUACAAAGGUCAACAUAUUUUGCUUUCAAGUAAACUCUUUGUGGAGUUGUUUACCUAAAGGUCAAUUAAAUGUAGAAAUUUACUCAGUAUCUUGAAUACAAUGAGCAUAUUUGAAAAAUCUUUCACUUUGUGUGUUUUCUUAAAGCUAAAUUUGAUUAAAUUUACAUUAUUAGUACCUAUGCUUUGCAAUGUUAUCAUUAAAACAUUUAUAAAGUUCCUACAUGUAAGGUUAAUUUAAAUCUGCAUAAAAAAUGAAACUUAAAAUAAUGCUGAUUCUUUUUCGUUCCAUUUUUGCUCAAUGUUUAUUCACUGGCGUAACACAUGCUAAGGAAUGGUUUGCUUUUAUACUGAAAAAUUUAUGCAAUUAUAAUUUGUUUUAUUAUAAAAAUAUUUAGAUUCAAUACUUCGCAACUGAGAAACUCAUUUGUAGGAACAACCUUUAUGUUUUCUUAUAAAUGGACAGGAAAAAUAAAAAAAGGCUGAACAAUUUUGUUACAAUUACAGCAAGAAACUUACCAAAUAUACAUGUAUGUUUAAAUAGAACCAUGAAAUCUGCUUGUAUGUGGGUUAUAUUAAACCAAAUUUUGAACAGAUUAUUCAAAUCUAAUUGAUCUUUAAUUUAAUAUUGCUCUCCCAUGUAAAAAUAGAAAACAGAUAAUAUAAGUACCCUAGUCAUGAGGGCUAAAUUCUGGGGUGAUUGGUUUCUUUUAUCGGCGUAGAUGUGGUGCCAUCUGGCAGGCUGCAGUUUUUCAGUUGUGGGGUAAUACUGCGCCGAAAAUGUUAGCCCGUAUUAUUAAUGUAAGAGUCAGUUCUAACGACAGCCAAAGGGUUGGCGACGUUUACGUGAAAUGUUGCAAGGAAAUGUAUUAUUUCCAUGUUAUGUAUCUCUCUCAAUUAUUUUAAAUCGAAGAAUGUAUUCUUAAUGAAUAGGAUACAGUUAUAGCCACCUUUAAAGAAAUUCUAUACGAAUCUAUUUUCAUAUAUGUAUUCUCAAGGAACUGUGUGAUUUGCUUUUGAGCUUUAAAAUUUCUUCGGGCGAUUUUCAGUUCCCUUAAAUUUGUGAUUAACAGGUUUUUCCUAUACCACACACAUUUAAUGAACUUUAAUCACGUUUAAUAUGUGACAGGGUACGCUGUUUAGGUGCCCCUUGGGCUUUUGUUUUUUUGGGCACAGAUUGCACGAUUGUGGAGUUUUUGUUUAUUGUAGCAGUGCUCGAGUAAGCUUCACAUUGUGUCUUUUAUACGGCUAAAGCAACAAGCGUGCAAGUAUGCAUUGGCCUUGGGUAUAUAAACUUGGGUAUAUGGCCUUGGGCAAAAGUGCAUUGGCAUUGGUCUUGGUAUAGUUUUAUUCUCACACACUACAAGAUAAUCUGAAGUUAGACGUAGAGAGGAAAGGUUUUCCUUUGCGACCCUGCCCACCCUACCCAUAUCUAGAUAUUUCAGGUGUUUGGAGGCAUGUUAAAUUUAUCUUUCUUUUCUUCGUGCAUUAGUUAAUGGCCAUAUGGCUUCCAAUUUUUGCAUGAACAAGGUGUUGCUUGUCGGCGGAAGAAGGCCAUUGUUCUUCUUCUCAACCCCCUCAAAAACUGUUGGGUUUUUAUUUAUGGCUGUCUUUGCGAUUGGCGCACUGACACCCCAAAAAUAAAUGAUCCAAAUGACGAGAGAGCACCUCAUUCAGUCUUGAUUGAUAAUUGGUAAAAUAUUCUGUGGACCAUCUUACCCUUAUUUGCUAACGGUUUUUGUUUGGUAACCUGGAACAAAUAUUAAUGUUAGUUAUGCAUGGAAAGACCUUAAACCUUUAAACCUAGGAUGGUUACAGUUGUUUUCCCAUAUAAGUCAUCCAAACAGCCACUGCACCUUUUAUAUAUUUCUUCGAUGCAGUGUUCUUUGAUGCAGCAAUUACCAUGAGAAUGGCCGCUUGUUU